AUGAAUAUUACGGAUGAACUUACAGAAACCGACCCUGCUCUGAUUGCGCCUGCAAUAGCUCGGGCAUGCAGUCGAUGUCAUGAUCGCAAAGUCAAAUCACUGCGUGAAAAGAUUCAACGUUUGGAAGCAAGAUUGUGCUUAUCGCAGGCGGAUCCAAGACAACAUCUCAGUGAGCCUACUGGAGACUUCCAGAAUGAAAUCUACCUGCACCAGACUGUGGAUCAGGAAGAUGAUGUUGAGAACAUACACACUUUUGCAGACGAAGUUGGUAAUUUAGUGGUUGGAGGGCUUGAUACACCCUGGAUGCAAUAUGUCGGAAGUGCUUCGGGCACAACUUUCUCAAAAAUACUUUUUCACCAGAUCCAUGCCCUAUUGCUCGAUGGAAUUGUCUCUCAGAGUUUCGGAUCAGGAGAACAUGGCUUGCGUUCUGAUCCUCUCACAACUAUACAAGCAGGCCUUCCUAAUAGACGGACGGCUGAGUACUUACUGGCACGAUUUGUCGGACGUGUACAUGUCUACUGGCCUAUUAUUCAUCUUCCCAGUCUCCGAGGCUGGUUCACCGAUGCAUACACCAUGCCACGGGAAUUGUCAAACUACCAAAAAUGUAUCAUAUUCCUGGUACUUGCCUUAGGCACUCAUGCCAGUAAAGAGGACCCUCUUUAUAAAAAGUUGCUGGAAGUCAAUACCCCCACUGAAUAUCUCUCUGCCGCCUUCCGAUAUUAUGAACAUGUUUCGGAUACGCCAAAUCUGCAAAUCCUUCAAAUACUCAACCUUUUGACUCUUUGUAUGACUUUCUCGGGUGAUAUCCGUCACAAUUACAGUCUGUGGCAAAUAAGUAGGUAUUCAAUGAGGAUUGCAAUUCAACUUGGUUGUCAUAGGAACAACCCCCGAUGGCGAUUGAGUGCUGGCGAGGUUGAGAUGAGGAAUAGGGCGUGGUGGUGUACUUAUGCAUUUGAGAGGAUGAUUGCCGUUGCCACGGGUCGAAUACUAUCAAUACGAAACCAUGCCAUUGACGCUCCAUUCCCACAAAUAACAGACGACGACAAGCUCACCGACGCAGAGGCAGUCAUCUCCCCAACCUUUAAUUUGAAAUCGGUGAUGCCUGCGGUCCAUCUCUUCCGCUUAAGGCGCAUUGCCGGCGACAUACUCGAGUCUGUAUACAUCGCAUGA